CAGGUAUUGGCAGCAUUAGUUCUAGAUUUGUAAAAAUAUUUCACAUUAAUCUUAUAAAUCCUUUGAUCCAUAUUAUUAUUUUAAUAUUUAGAACAGGCAUAUUUCCUGGCCAAUUCAAAACCUCUAUAAUAUCACCUAUUUAAAAGGUGGGUGAUAAAGUUGAUAUAGGUAAUUAUCGCCCCAUAAGUGUUGUCAAUAGUUUUGCCAAGAUAUUUGAGAAGUGCUCAAAGGACAAACUCGUAAAUUUCUUACAAACAAAUAAUUUGCUAUCCCAGAAACAAUUCGGCUCUAUUGGUGGUCUUAGUACUUCAGAUGCUCUAUAUAAGUUGACUAGGCAGGUUAGUGAAAAUCUGGACAAACAUAAAAAAUGUCUGGCAUAGGGUUGCCAGAUGUCCUGGAUUUCGCAGGAUGUCCUGGAUUUGAGGCUGGAAUGUAGGCGUCCUGCGAAGACCUGAGGAAGGACGCCUAAUGUCCUGGAUUUCAGAAAAGCAAAUAUUUCAAAUUACAAAUCCUUUUUUUUCACGGCUCCCUCCGGCUGCCGCGUUUCGCUUAAUUCGAACGUAAUAUUCUGUGCAUCUUUUGAUAAAUAGAAAAAAUGCCAUAAUAUUAACCACGCAGAUCGCUUUGCGAGACGUAUCCAAUAGCGCUAGCGGCACUAGCGCGGCGGACGGCAUUGGCAGUUUGAUUAAUUUUUGGGAUUCAACCAAAUGUGUUUACUAUUGUUUUGUGUUUUGAGGUUAUAUUAUAUUACCAUCAGUUGGCAAAAGUUCUUAUACAACCCGCGAGUAUAGAGUUAGUUAUUGGUUUUUCAAGUAUUUAGUACACCUUUUAGUUUUACACAUUUUCUUUCUGAUCAGUAGAAAUUAAAAAGGUAAUUAUUUUUUGGGUUUAAAAAAAAUAUUGCAUUAUCCCGAUACCUAUUUUGAUACAUAUUUUGUAAGAUGGAUGAACUAGAUGGCCCAACAACACCAUCAAAAAAAGCUAAAAGAUUAAAUAAAUAUAGAAAAGAAUGGGCAAAUACAUUUAAUUGGCUCGCAAAGGAUAAUCAAAAAGCUAGGUGCAAAUUGUUUAAAAAGUCUUUUUCAUUUAUAUAUGGGGGUCUAGGUGACAUAAAGCGGCAAGCAGAAGGCUCUAAGCAUAAAAAACACGAAAUUGUGUUAAAGCAAAAUAAAACACUACAAUCAUUUUUGGGACGAGAAGAAGUUAUGGAUUCUCAACAAGAAAAAAUACUGGCGUCAGAAGUGGCAAAUGUAUAUCAUACUGUUAAACAUGCUCAUUCCUAUAAUUCAUUAUAUUGUUCAAGUCAAUUGCUUGCAGUAAUGUAUCCUGAUUCCAAUAUUGCCACAAAAACUCGUUUGGGUAGAACAAAAGCAAGUAUGAUUGCUUUUAAUGUCCUGGCCCCUUUUUCAGUAGAAAGUCCAUUAUGUGAGCUUAGCAAAGGAGUUUUUUUGGAAUUUUGGAAUUUUUUUGGAAUAUCCACAGAUGCCUCUAAUCAUAGAAGUGCUAAGCUUUUCCCAAUACUUUUAAGGUAUUAUGUUCCAUCAGAAGGAGUAAAAUUAUUUCUUCUUGAUUAUUUCGAAGAUCCCGACGAGAGUGCAAAUGGUAUUUACACUAACUUAAAAACUAGAAUUCAACAUGCUGGCCUUUUAUUAAACUACAUAUCAUGCUAUUCGGCUGAUAAUGCAAAUGUUGAUUUUGGACGCUUGCAUUCUGUGUACCAAUUAUUAUAUAAGGAGAAUAAUAAAGUUCUUGCAGUGGGUUGUCCUGCGCAUAUGGUAAACAAUUCUGUAAAAAAUGCUUUAGCAAAAUGCCGUUUUGAUGUAGAAACUUUGAUUUUAAAAACUUUUAAUCAAUUUUCAUCUCAAGCAAAAAGGUGCAAAGAGUUAAAAGAUUUUUUUAAUUUCGUGGAUUUGGAAUAUAAAACUAUUUUAAGCCAUGUACCGACUCGUUGGCUAAGCUUAUUUCCAGCCAUAGAAAGAUUGCUGAACAUUUUUCCAGCCAUUAAGAGCUACUUUCUUUCCCAGGAAGAAACAAUUCCUAUUGCACUAUAAGAUUUUUUCUCUGAAGACAAUUUUGUAGUACAGAAAACUGAAUGUUAUCUAUGUUUUUUCACAACUCACUAAAAAUUGUUUUUGACACAGAACAAAAACUUGAAAAAGCCGAUUUACUUUGUUUCGAAAUUUCUUUGGCUUUCUAGCGUCAAAUCUUUUAAAAAUUUUUGCACGAAAUGAACAAACUCAAAUAAGAGAAUCCUGUUUAGAAUUUUAUAAAAAUAUUGCUGCUUAUCUAGAUUCAAAAUAUGAAUUUUCAGAAAAUAAUUUGUUUUCAAAAUUAAAUAUUUUUUCUUUAAAAACUUUAUUUAAUUUUGAUUAACUUAUGGAAGUUGUAAACAACUUACCAAUCGACAUAAAUUUUGAUAAUCUGUAUGAAGAAUUUUGUAUAGUCAAAACUACCCUUGACAAAGCUUUCACUUUAUCUGAGGAGACUAAUAUUAUCCAGAAAUGGAAUAACAUAUUCAUAGGUAAUCCGGAACUUAUUAAUUUUUUUAAAAUAAUACAAUUUGUUUUUUCCAUAUACGGGUCAAAUGCUGACUCUGAAAGAUUUUUUUCUUUAUGUAAUGCAGCCUGGAGCGACAGCCGCAAUAAACUCCUGGUUGAUCACGUAAAAGCAGAGUUUCAGAUUAAAACUAAUUUUAAUUUAAAAAGCAAAGAAUUUUAUAAUAUGGCUAUUAAAAAUAAAAGGCUCUUGCAGGUAGUCAAAUCUAACCAAAAAUAUUCUUUUUCAUCCAAAUAAUUUUUUUUAAAGCAUUUUAAAACAUUUAUCAUUUAUGUAUUAUAAAGUAAGAAAUAUACGAGUAUCCUGUUUUAAUUUGGUACCAUAAUUUAA